AUGGCUACCCCUAGUGUCCUCGCUUUUGACGCUGAGGGCAGGGCCAUUGACUUUGACGUCUGGAUAGAUGACCUGCAGCUUUUCUUACAGUGCGAUAGGGCAGACGGACUCUCUCUCUUUGACCUCACCUCUGGUGCCUCUCCUGCCCCUGCUGCUGGUGCUGACGCCACUUACAAGAGUGCUCAGACCUUGUACGACGCUGUAGUUGCACGCUACUCCUCCCCUGCCACUGCUGCACUGAGCCGCCUCAUGCUACUGGACCACUUCCUCUCAGUCUGUCCCACCACUCUCACUGUUGACCUCCUCGAGAAGGCCCUCCUAGCAGCGGAGAAGAGCAUAGUCGCUGUAGGGGCCGCUCGUGGUGACCCGCGCACCCCCAUCUUUGAGGGGUGUUCCCCCUCCCCUCUUUUGCCCUCUGUUGCCUCUGCUGCUGCGGCCGACCUCCUUGGUCUGGAGUCGGUCGGUGCGGCGUCUACCCCUAGUGGGAAGCGUCGCUCUGGCAAGGGCAAGGGGGGCAGGGGCGCUGGAGGAGCUAGCGGGGGCGGUGGAGGCGGCAGUGGAGGCAGUGGAGGGGGUGGGGGUGGUGGUGGGAGUGGUGGCGGGGGUGGAGUGUCAGAAUGUUAUCUUAUGCUUUAG